AUUAGUAAACACGCGAGACGCGCGCUGCAGUCCUUAUUAGCGUCUAACUAUUCACGUUUUGCGUGGAUCCAACUGCAGGGUCAAGCUUACAAUAGCACGUGAAUAGCACUACGUCGUAAGAAAAUAGCAAAUAGCCCGUAUAGGUGGCCCGUUCCAGUUACAAACGGCCGUCUGACGCUGUCAGUCGCGCCAGUCGGCAGCUGCCAUGACGCGAGUGGACACACGAAAUCCACAACAAAACCUUGCGAUCAGAAUCAAUUCAAAAUCAACUCCAAACUCCUGCCGAUACCCGUGGGUAGUAGCGCUAGCUACCUUCGUAGUCGUCAUAUAUUUUGCAGUUCAGAAACCGGGAGAGUCUACAGAUGAUUCCACCGAGUUUGAUGUCAGGAAUGUGCCGAGAAUGUACUCGAAAUUGGAAGCGGUUGAUCCGGAAGAAAGGGACGUAUUCCAGGGUUUCCGGACCUCGUUUCUGCCACCAGAAGAGAUUGUGCUGGCCCGCAAGAAGGCAAAGGGCAGGAAGGAGUUUUACGAAGGGAACAUGACGAGUGACAUUUUUAUAUGGGGCAGCUCGGGACACCAAGCUACGCCCACUAGAGUGAAGCGCAUGAGCCACUUCUCUUUCAGUUCACAAAACUCGAAUGAAGAUGAAGAAGAUGAUGAAAAACUUAAAGACAGCGAAGAUGAAUAUUCUAGGGAAGAUAGUGAAGAUUCCUCGAAAUCAGAAGAUUACAAGUCAUAUGAUGAUGAGGACGACUUACAACAAGCGAUACGCCCCGACCACGUGGAUCGGGGUCCGCUGGAUGAUAUUGUGGAACAAAUCAGAGGGCAGCCAGAAUUGGAGGAGGGAGAGAUGGGCUCGUCGCCUUACGUUUACAAACCUGGUAGAUCGUACUCAGGUAUUCACGCGUUCUGGAAAGGCCAAGGUGACAGAGAAACGAUAAGAACUACACAAGCAACUAUAAUGAAGAAGUAUAUGGAUGCCCAAGCUGACCCUUGCCACGAUUUCUAUCAAUACGCCUGUGGUAAUUGGGCAUCCCUGAAUCCCAUCCCCGCUGAUAAAGCAGGAUACGACACUUUUGAAAUGUUGAGAGAAAAUUUGGACACAGUCUUAAAAGAAUUGUUGGAGUUCAAAUGUUAUGAAAGUGUCCCGUGCGCAUAUCCUGGAAAACAUUUAGACCUAGCUGAUAACUUUUUGAAAAACUAUAAGCCUCCAUGCUACUCAGACGAAACAACACCCCAAUCAACUACAGAAUUUAAUAUUGAUGAACUUCUAAAAAAUGCUACUUCAGAAGAAUAUCUUCCGAACCUAAAUUACAGUAAGUGGGACAAAUCAGAAAUCAUAGACCGUAUUCGAAGAUACUUGGACAGAAAAUCGAGGAGAAUCAAAAAUCCUAUAGCGGGAAUUAAAUCUAGAGUUCAAGAACAUUUUCUUAAAACUUACAAGUAUCAAAAAACAAGAGUUAAAAGAUUUAAAGAUAUGAUAGUAGACGAAUUUCAAAAAACGCAGAUGCAUUUUAAGAGACAUUUUACAAUGCAUUCUAAGCAAGCUAAAAUAGGCAGGAAACCACUAAUGUACGUAGAUUCGGAAAUCAAGAAGAGAAAAGAAAGGCAAUUAGAUGACACAGAGAUGGCAGUGACAGAAUGCGCUGAAAAGCCCAAAACAAUUAAUAUUACUUACAGUCUUGAUGACCAAGACGCGCAGCUUAAAGCUAGGUAUCUUUUCAAGUCCUGCAUGAAUUAUGAAAUAUUGAAGAAACGAGGUCAUCAGCCGUUGUUGGACUUGUUGGAUCUUCUAGGUGGAUGGCCGAUUUUAGACCCUCAGUGGAACGGCAGCAACUUUGAUUGGCUUGAACUGAUGGCGAAGCUGAGACUUUACAACAACGACAUCCUCAUAUCAGAAUGGGUCGGACCUGAUAUUAAAAAUUCGGACGAAUUCGUUAUUCAGUUCGAUCAGACCAGCUUAGGUCUGCCAACAAGAGACUAUUUUCUACAAGAAGCAAACAAAGAAUAUUUAGAAGCCUACAAGAAUUACCUCAUUAAAAUAGCUAUGCUGCUUGGAGGAAAAUCUGAUCACGUCAGAGAGAGUGCUAAUGAAUUGAUAGAGUUUGAGAUAAAGCUAGCAAAGAUCACGUCUGCCCCAGAAGACAGGCGGAACGUAUCAGAGCUAUAUCGUCGGAUGCCGCUCUGUAAGCUGGAAGAACUGGUGCCAGAGGUUAAGUGGCGGCGGUACCUGUGUGUGGUGAUGAACAGGACCGUCGACUCUAAGGAAACCGUCGUGUUGUUUGCUCUCAGCUAUGUCAGGCAUUUGGUACAAUUGAUUAAUGACACCGAGCCGAGCAUUUUGUCAAAUUAUCUGCUCUGGCGCUUCGUGAGGCAUCGGGUCAACAAUUUAGAUGACCGCUUUCAAUCUGCUAAGCAGCAGUUCUAUUUCAUCCUAUUCGGGCGUGAACAAGCACCGCCCAGAUGGAAGAACUGCAUUUCUCAAGUCAACUCCAACAUGGGCAUGUCUUUAGGGUCUAUGUUUGUCAAGAAAUACUUCGAUGAAACCAGUAAAAACGACACAUUGACAAUGACAAGGGAAAUCCAGCAGUCCUUCAGAGAACUCCUACACAUGACUGAUUGGAUUGACGACAACACGAAGAAAUUAGCAGCGCAUAAAGUGGACGCUAUGAUGCUCAGAAUAGGUUACCCUGACUUCAUACUUAACAAGAAGGAACUGGAUGAUAGGUAUAAAGAAGUGAAAAUACACCCAGACAAAUAUUUUGAGAAUAUUUUGAAUAUUCUGCAGCAUUUGACGAAGAUGGAACAGUCACGUCUAGGCCAGCCAGUGAACAAAACUCUCUGGAACACGGCUCCAGCGGUGGUGAAUGCGUACUACAGCCGCAACAAGAACCAGAUCAUGUUCCCAGCUGGGAUCUUGCAACCGCCCUUCUACCACCGUCACUUCCCACGCAGCCUCAACUACGGAGGCAUUGGCGUUGUUAUUGGGCACGAAAUAACUCAUGGUUUCGACGACAAGGGCCGUCUGUUCGACUGCGAUGGUAACCUGCACCGCUGGUGGUCAGACUCCGCCAUCGAAGCUUUCCAUCGGCGAGCGCAGUGCCUGAUCGACCAGUACGGACAGUACAUCGUGCCUGAGGUCAAUAUGAAGCUUGAUGGGGUUAAUACUCAGGGUGAAAACAUAGCCGAUAAUGGCGGAGUGAAGCAAGCUUUCCGGGCGUAUCUCCACUGGCUGCAGGAGCACGGGGACGACGGGGAAACACUGCCCGGCCUCAACCACACUCACACACAGCUCUUCUUUCUCAACUUUGCUCAGGUGUGGUGCGGUGCGAUGCGUCCAGAAGCGAUGAGAAACAAACUGAAGACUGCCGUGCAUUCGCCAGGUCGGUUCCGAGUCAUUGGGACCUUGUCAAACUCACACGACUUUGCUAGAGAGUUCCGCUGUCCACCUGGCUCGCCGAUGAACCCCAAACAAAAGUGCACAGUAUGGUAAUUGGCACUUGUAAAGCGAUAUAGUUCUAAUGCUUCAACUUUUCGGAACAACUUAUUACUGGGUCAGACUAAAAUUGAUCCUAAGAAUAGGUUCAGAACCUGAAAAAAUAACGCGUUUUCUGCGUAUGGUUUGCCACCGAAUGUUGUACAAGCUAUUUUGACUUUGGCUAUCUAAAGCUAAGCUAUUUAUAAAAAUAAAUUAAAUACAUUGUUUAGAACAAUUUCAUUUGUAAAAUCACAAUCAUAGAAUUCUCUUGAGCGUUCCUAAGCCAAAGUUACUUGUGAUAUUUUCUUUAUUUAUGUUUUUAGCGUUUAAGUUUCUAAUUUAAUUUAUUAAUAGCCAUAUUUUAGAUAUUUUAGUCGUAUUGUAGACAUAUUUUAGAAAAAGUGUACCUCAUUGUUAUAAGACUUUUGCUAUUGUCGAUGAAAUAAAAUAGCAGUUGUAUAGA